GGAAACCUAGUACAUGGGGUAAAACGUCAUCAGUAUUGCUGUGGGUACUUGUCAACCAUUGAAUAGUCAUACACACUAGGUAUAACAUAAUAAGUGGACAAAAUCCUCUCUACUCUAUUUGGCCAAGGCAGAAAAAAUCUACCCUUUGAUAUUUCUUCAGUUUUAUCCAGAUUUUUACUUCAUAAUGAACAAGAGCUGUCUCCAUAGGAUGACACAUGCCCCCGAUGGCACUUUGAAUGAUUAGUUAUGGCCGAUGUUAGAGUUUAGGACCUUUGACCUACGGAGCUGGGUCUUGCGACACGUCAUCUUACUGUGCCACACAUUCGUGCGUAUAUAGUUAUAAUAAUUCGGUUUGCUGCAAAAUCGUUGUAUUUCCGUAAGUUAUUUUCAGUAAGAUUUUGCUAUUGUUUUGGAUGUUGCGAGGCAGUGUCAAUCUAUAAUGUGUCAAUUAUUUAUCCGCAUGUAGAAUUUUCAAUAUACCAGUCGUAUUUUGAAUAUCACAGUAGUUCGUUGAGUAAAGAGGCCCCCCACGGGACGCAGAUCUUCAGUAAUCGUUACACAUUCUGAACUGCAUUUACCAAAAGAAAAAUGAAAUCUUUUUUGAAAUAUUUUUUAUGACAGGGAGUCGAAACAUGAUCAGCAAUCACUUGAUGAGGAAUGGCAUGAAGUUAUGCAGACUGAAGGAGAAAAAACACCAGAAAAAAUUACCAGUGUAGCAAAACCCACAAUAUCUACUCCCCUUGAAGACCAACCACCAGUUUUAUCCAUGUUGCCAGAUGUAUCAGAUAUUUCUGAAGGAUCUGAAUCAGAUAUCGAUAUUAUGGAGAGGUACAUGAAGCGAGCAAAGGAGGCCGACAAUUCCUUUAUUGAGAUAUCACUGGACUAUGGUACAGAGGAUGAUAAAGACAGCACAUACAUUCCAGAAACUAGUGACGAAGAAGAAUCAUGUAAUGAUGAUUUAUCUGAAUAUGAAGACUUUGAUCUGGAUAUGUCUCUACUAUUGGAGAACACUAUGCAGAAUCUAGAAGAAGUGCCAAUACAAGGCUCAGAAGAGAGAGAGAGUUAUGUUGAAUCUGACGAAAGUGAUUAUGAAGUAGAAACUGAUGAAGAAGAUAGUUCAGACUAUGAAAGAAAUGUGGUUACGGAACGAAAGAUUAUAUGCUUUGAGGAAAAUAUCAAACAACUGGCACAGAUGUUAAGAGUUCAAUAUACCACAAGAAACUGCACCUCAGCUGUAUCCAUUCAGCAGUCACUUAAAGGCACAGCUAUGGAGUUAAAAUGGAUACAAGGCAAACACAGCGUCCCAGUCAUAUCUGAACAGUUCAGUGACAUGGUACAAAGAAACAGACUGAAGUAUGCUGGCCAGACAAUAACUAUUGCAGGAGAUGGACGCAUGGAUAGCCCAGGGCAUAGUGCUCAAUAUUGUACAUACACUAUGCUCGAGAACCAAUCAAAAGACAUAAUAUCGAUGGAAAUAGUAGAAAAAAGAAUGACGGCUUUAAAAUCUACACGAAUGGAAAUUGAAGGAUUGAAGAGAGCCAUAAUUGGAAUACAGGAAGCAAACAUUAGUGUCGGAGAGGUUGUAACUGAUGCUAGUACAACAAUUGCAGCAAUGUUGAGAAAGGAUCAUCCAAAAGUUACGCAUUCUUUUGACACCUGGCAUGGAGCCAAGAACUUUGGCAAGAGGAUCGGAACUGUAGCUGCUGAGAAGAAAAACAAAGACCUCCGACCCUGGGUUUCAGACCUUGUAAACUAUUUCUGGUUCUGUAGUAGGUCUGCAAGUGGUGAUGAAUCAAAACUUCUGUCUAGCUGGAGGGGAAUCCUUCACCAUGUUGUAAAUGUACACCAAUGGGGACUUGGUGAUGGUGCAGGUCAAGCACAGUGUCAGCAUGGGGACCUUGAUGACCAUGUUGAACCAAAAUGGCUUGAACCUGGGUCUGAUGCUCAUCAUUCAUUGACACGUGUGAUAUUAGACACUGGACUUCUUCAUUCACUGAAACAUUAUGUUAAUUUCAGGCAUACAGGGGAACUCGAAAAUUUCCAUGAUGCUUUGCUUAUGUAUUGUGCAAAGAUACGCAUACAGUUAUCCAGUAUACAAGGCCCGGAACAUGUUGGCAGCCCUUGAUUAUCAAUUCCACAAGGACAGACCAAAGCUUGUCAACAAGAAAGGAGAAUCCAGAUUACGCAGGGUAUGGAGUAAGAGAUCAGCAAAUUGGACUGCAUAUGAAGUAAAAGAGCCAAAGAAAUAUGAUUAUAUGAAUGAGUUGCUUCAAAGAAUCAUUGAGCAUUUCACUGAAAGUGACAUGCCAUUGAGUGCU